CGUCUUGAGUCACGUGCUCAGCUCGAGCGCGUCACAUGAUCAGCUGAUGACUCCUUCCCUCUGAUGGAUGCAGGAUUUCCAGCCUUCGCCGCUUCGAAGGGCUCACAGGAAUCCAUUUCUCUUCAAAAUACAAUCAUCUAACAGAAAAUAACAUCACUGUAGCUUUAGUUCUAUUCGCGGGAAAACCUUUAGAUAGCAAAACUGGUGCUGUUGGUGGAGUGGAUGAUGAACGGGCACGCAAUUUUAUACACCGGGGUCACUUUGGCCUUCUGGUCGACCAUCCUGAUCGUCGGUAUUUGCUAUACUAUUUUUGACCUUGGAUUUCGAUUUGAUGUAGCAUGGUUUUUAACAGAGACUUCUCCAUUUAUGUGGGCUAAUCUUGGAAUUGGCCUGGCCAUCUCUCUGUCUGUUGUUGGAGCUGCAUGGGGGAUUUAUAUCACUGGAUCCAGCAUCAUUGGUGGUGGAGUCAAAGCCCCUAGAAUCAAGACCAAAAAUCUUGUCAGCAUUAUCUUUUGUGAAGCUGUUGCCAUUUAUGGGAUCAUCAUGGCAAUUGUCAUUAGCAAUUUGGCAGAGAACUUCUCUGGUACAACUCCAGAGACUAUUGGGGCAAAGAACUACCAAGCAGGCUACUCCAUGUUUGGUGCUGGACUCACUGUUGGCUUUUCAAACCUCUUCUGUGGUAUCUGUGUUGGCAUUGUGGGCAGUGGAGCUGCCCUCGCUGAUGCUCAGAAUGCCAGUCUCUUUGUCAAGAUCCUCAUUGUUGAAAUAUUCGGCAGUGCCAUUGGACUGUUUGGAGUGAUCGUAGCCAUCUUGCAGACAUCGAAAGUAAAAAUGGGAGAUUAGAUGACUACACAACCUACAGAUCAAAGAUGCUGUGUUGCUGGUGCAAACAGGAGGUGUAAAUACAUAGUAAAUUAUUUAAAUGUAUUUUCCUUUGUGUCGGUUUUUAACCAUCAUUUUCUGAAGAUUGAAAUAUUCUGUGCACCAAUUUGUCUUAAAAGAGUGCAUCAUGUCAAAGGCAGAUCUUUGACGACUUUCACACUUAGUUUGGCAUCUCAUAAUUCUGAAAAUGAAAAUAUCACUUAAUGUUUUUGACUAUACCUCCAUGAUGUCAUAAUACCACAUUUAAAUGAUAGAAUUUCUCUCUUUUUUUUUUAAAUCAAAAGGUAUUUUAUUUAUUAAAAUAGCCUAAUAAUAUAAACCGUGAUCCUGCAUAUGGUGACAGAACAGACUGUCCAUAGACCCAGUGUUGGGGUCUGUUUGUAAUCAUCUCAAUCUCCAAUAUAUAGUUCGCUGUAAUUGUUCUGUACAGUACAAGAAAAGUGAUCAAUUGCAUUAGUGUGGUUCUUUGCAUUGGAUGGGUGUAAAUCGUGAAGUAUUCUCUUGAUCGCUGUAUGCAAGAAUGUUCUUGUAUUUGCGUGAUGACACCUGGUGCAUCCGGUGUGCUUGACCUGAUCUCACUCUCACGUGUUGUGUUCUUUCAUGUAGCUACUGAAUUCAAGUAAAUGCUAUCUUUGAGAAAACAGUUAUACCAAAACUAUGAUGUUAAAAAAAAUAAAAAUACCAGUCAUCUCCAAUUGUAUUUCUACCAGUGUAGACCCUCACUUUGUAGGGCUCUCUUUAGUCCUGGUUGGUUAAAAAUUAGAGGAUAUAAUAAUCUGAUGUGUGUACAUAUUAAAAGCAGUUUGUUUUUUGUGAAGCAUGAGGGUGUUUGCCAUUCCGUAUUUCCUAGUUGUCUUGUACAUUUUUGUUUUUAUUUUUUAUUUGAUUAGAUUUUUUUGAGAAGCAAGAAGUGGUCUUUAUCUCCCAGGACACUGUGGUGGAAGCUUGUUUCCUCCAUGGGUUUAAAAAAAAAAGUUCAAGUAAUUUCGACAAAAUUCAGAAUUGUGAAACUCAAAAUAUUUAC